AAAGAAGAAGGCUAGAUGAACGAAGGGAGAGAGCGAGAGAGAAGAGUAGAGAGUCGGUUUUCUAAAAUUAGAGCGACGAGGAAGAGAAGGGGAUGGCUCCUUAUAGAGCUUGCGACGCCGAGCUUGCGGCCAGGGUUAGCAAACUGGCACUCUCUUUCUCGUCUCAGAAUAUCGGAUUACCUUUGCACCGGUGCAUCGUCUCGCCCCUUCGACUUCCUUUCUUUUCUAGCUGUUUCUUUCUCGAGCGCCGGCAAGCACCUUAACCGCCCGCAAACAUGUCUGACGACGAGGAACAAUACUCCAGCGAGGAGGAGGUGGUCGAGGAAACGUAAGCAACCGGAGAGGAAGAUCGAGGGUAGGGCGUCCCAAAAGGACUCUGGGGAGAAUCCCGAGUUUAUGAAGAGGCAGGAACAGAAGAGAAGCGACCUAGACGAACAGCUCAAGGAAUACAUUGCAGAAUGGCGGAAGCAGAGGGCCAAGGAGGAGGAGGAGCUGAAGAGAUUGAAGGAGAAGCAAGCGAAACGCAAGAUCACUCGCGCGGACGAGGAGAAGAGAUUGGCCCAGAAAAAGAAAGAGGAGGAAGAGCGUCGCCAACGUGAAAUCGAGGAGAAGAAACAACGCGACAUAGAGGAAAAGAGAAAGCGUCUCGAAGAGUCGGAAAAGAAACGCCAAGCUAUGAUGCAAGCGAUGAAGGACCAGAGCAAGAAGGGACCGAACUUCACCAUCACUAGGAAAGAUCUGGCAGGCAACCUCACGUCGGCGCAACUGGAGCGCAACAAGACGAAAGAGCAGCUCGAAGAGGAGAAGAAAAUCUCGCUGAGCAUCCGUAUCAAACCCCUGGAAAUGGAUGGUUUGGCCAUUGAGAAGCUCCGGUCCAAGGCUAACGAUCUCUGGGACACUAUAGUCAAGCUGGAAACCGAGAAAUACGAUCUGGAAGAGCGACAGAAACGCCAGGACUAUGACCUUAAAGAAUUAAAAGAACGUCAAAAGCAGCAACUGAGGCACAAGGCUUUGAAGAAAGGUCUCGACCCUGAAGCCCUCACCGGCAAGUACCCUCCCAAGAUUCAAGUCGCCUCCAAAUACGAACGCCGCGUGGAUACCAGGUCCUACGACGACAAGAAGAAGCUCUUCGAAGGUGGAUAUGACACGCUUCUAGCGGAGUACAACGAGAAACUGUGGAAACAGAAAUCAGAACAGUUCAUGAAGCGCACCAAAACGAAGUUGCCGAAGUGGUUCGGAGAGAGGCCAGGCAAGAAACCUGGAGACCCCGAGUCUCCGGAGGGCGAAGAAGACGUGAAGGCUGCGGCUGAGGACGAGGAGCUCGAAGAGCCACAAUUCGAAGAGGAAGAAGAGGAAGAAGAGGAGGAGGAGGAGGAAGAGGAGGAGGGUGGAGAAGGAAAGGAGGGCGAGGGCGAGGAAGAGGAGGAGGAAGAGGAAGAGGAAGAGGAGGAAGAGGAAGAAGAGGAGGAGGAAGAGGAGGAGGAAGAAGAAGAAUAGACAGCUCCUCUCGAACGAAUCGGCAUCUAACCACCAAUUCAAUCGAUCGAUCAUCAAUCAAUCUCGAAACAUCCUUCGAACCAUCGAAUAUAGUCGUGGCGGCAGUAGAGGCAACAAUGGCGCGCCGUUGUCCCAGAAUCCCAUCGUUAUGGGUCCCUUCACCGUUAUGGCAGUGGAAGUUCGACACCGGAAGUCGGACGUCUGCGCGCCGUAUUUCUCCGCGAAGGACCCUCACCAUAACGGCGAGGAUUCCGGCGAGAUGAAACACGCUGUUACUACUUACCAGCUGUUCUACUACCACUACUACUUCUACUACUAUUAUUCUACUACUUCUAUUGCUACUAUAAUUAUUAUUAUGAUAUUGUACAAAAAUACACGCACACACAUUAUUAAAAUAAAACGGUUUAUCGUA